UCCUGCUUGCUACUCAUGAGACUCUCCCCCUCUUCCCGCUCCACCGACCACCCGCCGCGCCAGCGCGAAGCAAAGCUACGCAAAGCAGGAGCAGGACAACGAGAACUCAACUACUGUAACUUGGCGGCGCUGUCGCUGGCUGUGGGCCCCAUAACAUUCUAUCACUCACCCGGCCAUUUGCCUUGCCGUGGAAUCAUUGAUCCUCCUCAAUUCUAUGUACAAAAAAAAACAUUUGGUCUUAUUGGUUGGUCAUCUGAAAGCACAUCACAAGUCCCUACUUGCCUGCAUAGCAACAAGGAAGCACCGAUAUCUGUCGGCCAAAUGAGCAACAAUCAACAGCAAGGUCGACCCCAUCAGUGGGAACAACGCCCUGAUAUGCCCAACAGAGGUGGAGUCUUCAACCCUCGGUUCCACCAAGCCCAAGGAGGACAAGCUUUCAACGGUAAUGGCAAUGGCUCGGGAGCAGGCGUACAACAUCUCAAUGCGCUCAAAAUGGGUGAUGGUUUCCACCACCACACCAAGACAUUUAAGCCCCAGCAAACUAAUAUCAAUAAUAAUGGCAAAUCAGGAGACAAACUGAAAAAGCCAAACUGGGAAGAGCUUCCAAGUUUCCCAAAAGAACUGUACACGCCAUCGCAGACCGUAAUUGACAGAUCGCCAGAAGAUGUAAAUGCGUACAGAGCCAACAAGCAAAUCACUGUCAGGGGAAAUGACGUGCCCAACCCCAGUCAAGAUUUUGAAGAAGCCAACUUCCCUGAUUACAUUAACCGCGAAAUCGUGAGGCAAGGCUUUGAUGAACCAACAGCAAUUCAAGCUCAAGGAUGGCCCAUCGCCCUUAGUGGACGAGACAUGGUCGGCAUUGCCCAAACUGGAUCCGGAAAAACCUUGGCAUACAUUUUGCCAGCUGCUGUUCACAUCAACCACCAAAGCCGACUUCAGAGGGGCGAUGGCCCUAUUGUUUUGGUACUGGCACCAACAAGAGAGUUGGCCCAGCAAAUCCAGCAGGUCGCCUCCGAUUUUGGCGCACCAUCCCAGAUCCGCAACACCUGUAUCUUUGGUGGCGCCCCUAAAGGACCCCAAGCACGUGAUUUGGACAGGGGCGUGGAGAUUGUUAUUGCCACACCGGGCAGACUGAUCGACUUCCUAGAGCGAGGCACCACCAACCUCCGUCGCUGCACCUACUUGGUGCUUGAUGAGGCCGACCGUAUGUUGGACAUGGGCUUCGAACCCCAGAUCAGGAAAAUUGUUGACCAGAUCAGGGUAUGGCCUGACCGCCAGACUUUGAUGUGGUCUGCUACUUGGCCCAAGGAGGUGCAAGCGUUGGCUGAAGACUUCCUGAAGAAUUAUGUUCAUCUCAAUGUCGGCUCUCUUUCACCUGCAGCAAACCACAACAUUCGCCAGAUUGUUGAUGUUUGCCAGGAGCAUGAGAAGCACGCUAAGCUCACUACUCUGCUGAGAGAAAUAUUUACUGAAAGAGACAGCAAAUGCAUCAUUUUUGUUGAGACAAAGAAGAAGGUCGACGAUAUCACCAGAGCCAUCAGACGCGAGGGUUGGCCUGCUAUUGCCAUUCACGGCGACAAAUCUCAGCCAGAGCGUGACCACGUCCUAGCAGAAUUCCGCAACGGCAAGUCGUCUAUUCUGGUUGCAACCGAUGUUGCCGCGCGAGGGCUUGAUGUUGAGGAUGUCAAAUUCGUCAUCAACUUUGACUACCCCAACUCAUCGGAAGAUUACAUUCACCGCAUUGGCCGCACUGGACGUUCCCAAAAGCUCGGAACUGCUUACGCCUUCUUCACUCCCAACAACGCUCGUCAGGCCAGGGACUUACUCUCAGUUCUGCGUGAAGCAAGCCAAAUGAUCAACCCUCAGCUGACGGAACUCGCCGCUCAGCAGCGAAACAGCUUCAAUGGACGAGGCCGUGGAAGAUACAGCAACAGCAGCAUGCAAAGAUCACAGUCGAAUGGCUUUGGCCAAAAUGGAGCGCCUCAAGCCAUGAGCACCAACGGCGCCCCACGCUUCAACAUGGGCCGCGGUCGCGGUGGCUUCGCUGCCAACGGCAUGCAGCAGGGUGGACGCGCUCCUUACAUGAACGGCGGUGGCUUCCACCACCCGCAUCAGCAGGCGCACCAGCAGCAGGUCCCUCAGCCCUCUGCUCAUUUUGUUCAGCAGCAACCCGCCCCCCCUGGACACUGGAACGGCGCCCAGCAGCAGGCGCAGCGCCAUCAGCAGGGCCAGUUCUACAGCAACAUGCAGGGCAACAUGCCGGGCAACGUGCCACAGGCUGAUCUGCAGGCGCUUCUCAACAGCAAGUUUUUCCAGUGCACGCCGCCGCCAUGCGGAGGCAACCAAGCGCAGGCGUUCUUCCAACCAUACGUCUACAGCUAUGGUCAGACAGCCGCCGUCCAGCAGUAGAUCUUGCGAUCACUGCAGGUAGGUUGAGAUUGCAUGCACGACUGCACGCGGUAGGGAAAAAUUGGCUUCAGAAUACCGAUCAUUUGGUAUUAGUACACAAUUCCAAAAACUACCUUCCAGGUUCGCGGUUUUUUUUCGAUACUGGAAAGAAAAAUGAUUAUUGUAAUGUGUCGAAUAUUAGUUGAUUUAAGCUAUUUUCUUUCUUGUGAAAUCAUUUGAACUUAAUUUCGUCCUUGAUGAAAAUACAAUAUAAUGAAUUUCUGAGCUGAUGUUUUUAAUAAUAAUAUUCAUGCAAGGCGGUUUGGUAGUUGGGUUAAAGAAUUCAUUUAUAAUUAGUAACACCAGGCUACUUUGCCACGCCCACGACAUGCAGUUCAACAAUUAAAUAACAGGAAGGAUUAAUUUGAAACUAAAGCCAAUCCUGCGUAUAUUGCAUACAUUUAGUGCGGCCGCGUGGAAAGCUGGCUGAAAAACUGAGCUGUUUGUUGUGGGCGUGGCUUAUCGUAACUUUAAUAAUAUUACAAAUACAUUAACAUAAGUAUUGUGCUUGGUAGAUGUAGUACGCUUUUAUUAAUAGCGUUUCAAUGACUUAAAGCUUUGAGAAGAAGGGGAAUCACUGGCCACAUGGUCGAUCCCUUUCCAUAAUUUGAUAGAUUUAAAUCCACAUUCUCUAGCAGUGCUACUAGCAUGCUCAUUAACACGAUAAAAGAAUGAAAAAACUAUACCAGAUUAUGUAAUAGUCAUCUCGUAUAAAUAAUUGUUCUAUCAAUUUGUUUUUGUCAAAAGUUAGAUCGAGACGAUAAGUCAUGACCACUCAAUGUCACUCAAUCACAUAAUUUAUUUCUUCGUCAUUUUAUGAGCUAAGGUUUUUAUACACAUAAGGCAAAUCACAUUUGUUGUCAUUGGACAUCUGCUGUAAUUGAAAAGAAAACACACACUGUUUGUUGUUCCUCCGUAAUGAUGUAAUAUGUCUAGGAAAUUUUGCAUUCUUCCCCAAGAGAAGAAUUAUUUAAGUUGAAGCUGAAAGCGACGAUCUCUUUGCGCACGGGGCCAUUUCCAAACAAAAGAUAACCUUCCGCCCAUUUGAAAUCUUGCAAGUGGAUCUGCGCUGAGCUUAAUAAUAUGAAAGUAUAUUUCAUGGUAUCCUAAAUAAGAAUAUAACUCGAGAUUUUGUACGAAUGCUAUCUGAGAAUGGGGAAUUUUACAAGUAGGUGGCUGAUAAGACAACCCGUUGGGGGCAAACGAUUUCAGACCAACAAGAUUCUCUCCAGUAUGAAUAUGAUAUGACAAAUAUGAUUCGGUUGAGUUAACAGUUUUCAAACACGCCGAAAACCAGUUUCUACCUAGACACUGCGCAAUGCAUUUUGGUGUACUUUUUUCAGUGUGAGAAUACACAUCCACUUAACAUGAGGGGGUGCCAAGUACUAAACGAGUGUCGUAGUUUUCAUUGACUGAGACCGGCGAAUAGCACACACAUGGGGCUGUAGUUGAGGAAUAAUUGCAGCAGCAGUGACCUAUGCAGGCAAUUAAGGCUUGAUGAAACCAACAGUUAAUGUACUAAACUUAAAAAGAAACAAACAAUGAUGAUUUGUUCCGCGCCCAGAAAUAUUGCAGUAACGUUAAAUAGUCGAUAUGCAGAACGAAACAAUACGAAACGCUGCCAAACUACUCUCAUCGGCGAAAAGCCUUGUUAAUUAUAAUUAUUAAUUGAAUAUCAUUCAAUCGCUGCGCACACGUUUUGAUCUCCGCCAUUUUCGAUGAUUUCUCUUCGGCAUUGAGCCGCCGAGCUCACUUGGACGCAUGAUGUGUGUAAAAUAUUGAUAAUCGAGAUAAAACAUGAGAAUUCAAGUAGCAAGCAGACCGGGAAGCGUCCGUUCCGACUUCAAUGCAAGAUGCUGUUGAUUUAAUUAAAAAUAAAAAUAGUUUUAUAAAAUAAUACACGGCCACCGUCGCACUUCCGACUUGGCGGAUCCGCUUCGACCGAGACUGAAAGCAGCGGCGGCGACCGAUCAUUUUUGAGAGUACACGAUCACACGCUCAACAACCGCAAAAAGUGAGCCACAUGAGCAGCAACGCGUUUUUAGCCUCUUCACGAAUGGUUUUCUUAGCUGUGAUACCUAUUCAAUGAUCUGAGAGACUGGCUAUCCGCUCCCGGCUGGCUCCGGGUUACACUAUGAUAAAAACGAUAAACACGCGAUGAUGUGUUUUUUCGCCACCUUUCUUUUGCUCCUUGUUUCGAAGCAGGGUGUUGUUUGUUCGUCGCAAGCGAGCCAACGAGCUAAAAUCGAUUACACUGAAGUGAAAUUCAUCGUUCCGCUACAAACACUAUGAUAGGUUUUCGAGCAAGGAAUUUUUAAGCGAAGCCUCUUCUUUAUAAUCAAAGAAAACAACUUGUGAUAUUAAGACAUUCAUUCAUAAAAGGGUACAUCGAACUGUUUGAUUGUAGUGAUUGUUUUUUGAUUAAUUAACUAUCGUCCCUUUUUACGGUCGUUUUUCUCUUAUUAUUACCUGGUCUAGUGAUAUUUUCUUCGUGUGACAACACACGCAGGAAACAACGCCAACUCGGUAUUUAUUUGUUUGCAUUAAUGUAGAUUUUUCUUAUUGAUCCUCCUCCUCCUCCUCCUCCUCUCUACUAUGCAGAGCUAUAAUAACUUUUCCAAGCGAGUCACGGAGCAAGCAUUUUGAUUUUGCUUUCGACUUCUUUCUUAUUUCGUUGAAAUGCCUAGUUGUAAACUUCAAAUCCCGAAUACGCAGUGGACUUUUGAAAUAUUUUGUACAAGACUGAUAACAAAGCUUUAAACAAAGAGAACAACAACUUUUGUCGUUAACAAAUUGAAAGCGAAGAAACACGCACGCGGAAAAUAGUGCAAUCGAUGAUAAUUUAAAACAUAAGCAGUUGACGAAAAAAAAUAAUACGGGAAAGUGCUAACGACGAAACAGUUUGUGAAACCCUUAAAAAAGAAUGUUUAUUUUAUAAUAACAAGUUGGUUCUGACUAAAUUAUUAUUUAUUUCCAUAGACUAAAGUAGAAGCAAAGAAAUAUUGCAAAAUGAUGAAGAAAAGGCGCGCCAAUAUUAUGUGUUGUUGUGUUUUACUUGAUGAUAAAUGAUAAUAAUUAAAGCGAAAAAUCGAGACGAGUCGCCAAGCGACUAGCCAGUGGAAUUGCCCUCAUGUUGCUAAUCUUCAUGCAAAGAAAUCAUUCACGAGAAUUAUUAAUUUUGUCCGAGAGUGUAUUUAUAUUGAUUUUAUUUUGUCUUUUGUUUCGCUAGAGAGAGAGACAGACAGACGGAACCUAGUUAAGAGUUUAAAUGCUUAUUUCGAAUAGUUUAUAACGUUGUAUCGACUGAUUGGCAUUUUACGAACUUGACACGAAAAUUAUUCAUGACAAGCCACACUGUGUAAGCAAUGGCGAUAAUUAAAAUAAAUUAUUCUUCUGUUUUGAAUAAAUCGCGUGUCAAUUUCGUAAAAUGCCAAUCAAUCGAUACAACGUUAUAAGUUGAUUUUUGAAAACACAAAUCGUGAAAUGAAAUCGCCUCCAGUCAAAUAUUGAGAUAGUGUAUCUAAUUAAUUGCAGAACUUCUCUAUUGCAUUCGGUGAGUGGAGAACCCUUUGACACAUUACAAAGACUACUUAGUAAGCCUUGAUGCCAACUCAAUUGAAUGAGAACAAUUUACUCACGGCAUGUGUGUAAGUGUGUAAAAAAGUGAAUAUUUUUCAGCGCAUAAUGCAGUGAAAUUAAAAAUUGAACAGUUAUGCCUUGACAGUACAAAAAAGAGACACAAAAAUAAUAAUUUCACCUCCUGUCUAAUGGAAACUAAAAACGGAAUGUGAUCAGUCUUUCUUUACUUAAAAAUCGCUUCAAAUGAUGAAAUCGCGAAUCGAGUUUUUUGUUGUUAAGUGCGCACGGGCGAGUCGAGCCUGGUUCUUUUUCUAUGAAAUACUUCUUAAUUAUCUCUCACCUCGGAAAUCGCGGCAUUCAAGAAUCGGGUCUAUGAAAUAAAAAUAAUUACUUGGGGAUAAGUAGGGUUAACGAGAGUGCAUUGUACACAAUCAGUAAUAUCAAGCAGAGUUACAAGAAAUCAAUAAUCAAGCUGCGCUCCAAUCUAGUCAGCUUAAGCAAACAAGAUGUUGUGAAAUGAGAGUUUAAAAUUUGCAACCAACGGUACCAUGACAUUUUUCCUUCUUGUCGCUAAAAUUUAUGUAAUACGUUUGAAGUCGAUUAUGAUUUUUGCGCUGUGUUAUGAAAAUACCCGAAUCUCCUCCCGCCCCCCGUCUCCUCCUUUUCCUGUUGUUUUUUUCCUCCUCCUCCUCCUCCUCCAAAGUCCCCCCACAUUUUGAUUCUGGAUUUAUCUGAUGUAAUUUGCUUUGAAUCUGGAACUGCCUAAAAAUGACAGGCUCAAGCAAACAAAGCCUUAUGUCCAUUUGUACAGCGGCGAGGACUCGCAAAUUAUGGGUUUUGCGGUUCCUCCCUCUAUUGUCAGUUGCGACACAAAUAGUCAAAAUAAUCACACUAAACUUUGCAUUCCUUUGUCUUUUUUCUUUAUCUGGAAUAUCGAUUGUUUAAUUCUAUUUAAUGUGAUGAAGAUCAAUGGCCAGAUUUACUGUGAAACGAAAUAGCGACGCAACAGAAUGAUGAUUUAUUGUCUUUAUUUAACAAAAUGAGUUGGCUGUAUCUUGAUUUCAGUAUUUUUCAAAGAAACAUCAAAAAAUCGUGUAAAGUGGCAUGACUAAAAAAAUUCAAAAUAUUAUCUCUUCGAAUUGAGAAAAAUAACUUGAUGAAAAUACCAGACUUUUAAUUCAAACAUUAUGUGUGGAAUAUGUUGUAAAACAGUUCAAUAUUAAAAAAGGUUACAAUUAUCACCAAAUAAA